AACUAAUUCAAAUGGCUAUAAGGAAUAUCUUAAUGCCAAGAUGUUUGUUCGGGCCGGCACGUGUGUCAUGUCUAUCACGAAUACCGAGACGACUAACAUCUACCACAACUCAUCAAACAAUUCAAAGUCCAGAUCAAAAGAAGAUGUUCUUAAAUAAAGAAUUAUAUCGAAAACAAAUUCAAGAAAGAAUAGCUAAAAUUCCUAUAGAAAACUAUAGAAACUUUAGUAUAGUAGCACAUGUCGAUCAUGGGAAAUCGACUCUUUCAGAUCGACUUUUAGAAAUCACCGGAGUCAUUCAACCGGGAUCAAAUAAACAAGUUUUAGAUAAAUUAGAAGUUGAACGUGAAAGAGGUAUUACAAUAAAGGCUCAAACUGUAUCUAUGAUUUAUACAGAUAAAGAAACAGGUGAAGAUUUCUUAUUACAUUUAGUAGAUACUCCUGGUCAUGUUGAUUUCCGAGCAGAAGUAUCUCGAUCUUAUGCAUCAUGUGGAGGAGCUUUAUUAAUUGUUGAUGCAUCUCAAGGAGUUCAAGCUCAAACUGUAGCUAAUUUUUAUUUAGCUUAUAGUAUGGGUUUAAAACUUAUACCUAUUAUUAAUAAAAUUGAUUUAGAUCAAUCAGAUAUACCAGCAGCAAUGAAUCAAGUCGAAGAAACUUUUGAACUUUCAAGAGAAGAUUGUAUACCAGUUAGUGCAAAAACUGGUUUAAAUGUACAUAAAAUUCUUCCCCUGAUUGUUAAAAAUAUUCCGGCACCAACUGGUAAUGUUUCAGCCCCUUUGAAGGCAUUAUUAGUUGAUUCAUGGCAUGAUUCAUAUUUAGGAGUGGUAAUGCUUAUUCAUGUUGUUGAUGGGAAAAUUAAAAAAGGUAUGAAACUUUUAUCAGCUCAUACUGAUAAAGUAUAUGAUGUUAAAGAAGUUGGAAUAAAUUAUCCUGAUAUGAUGCCUAUGGAUACUAUUACUGCUGGUCAAGUAGGAUAUAUUAUACCAGGAUUAAAAAAUCCAAGAGAUGCUAUAGUUGGAGAUACAUUUUUUCAAUAUGGAAAUCAUGAAAAUCUUGAACCAUUACCAGGAUUUGAAGAACCAAAACCAAUGGUAUUUGUUGGAGCAUUUCCAGCUGAAGGAACUGAUUUUAAUGCUAUGGAUGAUCAAAUGCAAAAUCUUGUUUUAAAUGAUAGAUCAGUUACUUUAGAAAAGGAAACAUCAAAUGCUUUAGGUCUUGGAUGGAGAUUAGGAUUUUUAGGAUCUUUACAUGCAUCAGUAUUUAAAGAAAGAUUAGAAAAGGAAUAUGGAGCUAGAAUUAUUCUUACGGCUCCAACUGUACCAUAUAAAGUAGUUUAUAAUGAUGGUAAAGAAGUUAUUAUUACAAGUCCUGAUAAAUUUCCUGAUAGUUCAUUCCAUUCAAGAGUUGAUUGUUUUAUGGAACCUUUUGUUGAAGCUAUAAUGACAGUUCCAGAAGAAUAUAUUGGAACUGUUAUGACAUUAUGUUUAAAUAAUAGAGGAAUUCAAAAGGAAAUGGAAUAUUUAAGUACUGGACAAGUAUUAUUAAGAUUUGAUAUUCCAUUAGCUCAAUUAGUUGAAGAUUUCUUUGGAAAAUUAAAAGGUUGUACUAAAGGUUAUGCAUCAUUAGAUUAUGAUGAUGCAGGAUAUAAAAAAUCUGAUUUAGUUAAAAUGGAAUUAUGUGUAAAUGGAGAAUCUCAAGAUGCAUUAACAACUAUAUUACAUAAAUCUCAAGCCCAAUCAAGAGGGAAAGAAUAUGUUACAAGAUUUAAAGAAUAUUUAAGAUUUCAAUUAUUUGAAGUAGCAAUUCAAGCAAAAAUUGGUAGUAGAGUUAUAGCCAGAGAAACCAUUAAAGCUAAGAGGAAAGAUGUAACUCAAAAAUUACAUGCGGCUGAUAUAUCAAGAUAUAAGAAACUUUUAGAAAGACAAAAGCAAGGAAAGAAGCAAAUGAAAGCUAGUGGAAGAGUUCAUAUAAAUCAAGAAGCCUAUCAAUCAUUUCUACGUCGUAAUGAUUAAAAAUAAUAACAUUAGUAUUAUUACUAUACAUAAUAUCUGUA